AUGAUUGCUUGCGCAUCUGACAACGCAUCGAUAUUAGAACGCUUACUCCAAGCGGAAAACAUGAUGUUACCGACCAAGGAUGGGAGAAUCAUCGAGCACGAGAUACUGUACCAGGCUGCAAGCAAUGGUCAUAAGCAGAUAGUUGAAACCUUGCUUGAAAGGAGUGUUCAAGCAAGCGCCAGCGAUACUGCCACCGGUCUCACAUGUCUCCAGGCGGCUGCCAAGAAUGGCCACCUCCAGAUUGUCAGAGCACUUUGUACGGCGGGAUCGCUUCAGAAGGUGCCACGCGGCCCCGAUAUUGACCCUCCACACGCAAAGAUGGGCAUGAAGGCGCUGCACUACGCAGCAGCAGACGGACACGAUGAGAUCGUUGCUUUCCUCAUUCAGCGUGGGUUGGAGUGCAACGAACGGAAUCUGCUAGGUGAAACAGCUUUGAUCAAAGCAUCGCAAAAUGGACAUGCCAUGGUAGCGAAGGUUCUGCUUGAAGGGGGAGCUGAUCCUCUCUUAAGAGGAGGAGAGCCGUGGUAUACGGAACGUCCAAGCUCUAGCCCGUUGGCCCCUAUUGAAGAAGGUUACGUAUUCCUAACACCGGUGGCUUUUCACCAUGCAGCAUCAAAUGGCCAUGCCAAUGUGCUUGCCAUACUGCCUUAUUCAGAUUUGAACUGCGGAGCCUCCGAAACCAAAGCCUUGCACUUAGGUGCACCAUACGGCCACCUUGAUGUGGUUCAAGCGCUACUAUUUCAAGGCGCCAAAAUUGAGAGUGUUGGCAGUAGGGGCAUGACAGCACUGCAUCAUGCGUCGCGAAAUGGACAUAAUCUGGUGGUUAAACUACAGUUGGACAGGGGUUGCAGGAUUGACCGGAGAACAGAUCAAGGGAGACCAGACCAAGGGAGAACAGCCUUACACUUCGCAGCGCAGGCCAUAGACAUUAAAACCAUCAGAGGUCUAGUGGCCUGUGGUGCAGACAUAAAUGCAAGAACUGCAGACCCAGAAAGCUACAAAAGCAUCACAGCGGCUAACUCAGGAGCUGCUUUCGCAGAUUUAGAAACAAUAGAAGUUCUGCUGCAAGGAGUCGGUGGGCGCGGCUGCACCGCGCUGGAGGAAGCUAUCGCUUGCAAUAGGCGAGCAAGUGUGUCGGCACUGAUUGAGCUUGGAGCAGAAUGGAUUCGCGGUGAAGUGUUUGCCUUGGCGGGCAUAAGGGCCGACUGUGAAAUUGUAGAGAUGUUACUGGGCAAGCUUUCCACAGCGACCGCGAAGGCAAGAGUAGUCGCCGCUGCGAUGUUCAGAAUGACGCUGGCAGAAGGCGCAUCGAACAGGAAUGAAAAAGCAGUGCGGAUUUUCGGAGACUUCGCUCGUCUCAAUUUUAAGCCGAUCGGUUCUUUCAAUCAAGGGUAG